AUGAUCUUUACCAACUACAUCCGUUUCUGCCCACUCAUCUGGUUCACACUGAUCUUUGGAAGUUAUGCGUAUGACCUGAGCGAACGUCUAGAGCCAAAAGGUGCUCUCAAAGUGAGACUUGACCAUGAUCUUGCAAUAACUUGGCCGAACAGACUGAAAAAGAAGGGCAAGCAAAUUCGUCGAACUUUUCUCUGGUCAACUCAUCUCAAGUUCAUGAAUCCUGUCAGUGAGAUCAACGAUGGCCAACUCUGGCAAAUGGCAGACGAUGCAUAUAAGGAAAUGCAGGCAGAGCAAAAGCUAUAUGGGGUCAACAGUAAAAAGGACACGCCAAAGGCUAUUUCCAUCCUCGCGUUUGGGAACGAAAUUAUCAUUUCUUCCACGAUUAAAGGAAUGAAGCCUUUUGCCUACGAGUAUAAAAAGAGCGCGGUGUCAGCUACUCUGCAGAAGUGCCAAUCGGAUUGGGCAGAGGCAGGAGGGUCCGCGGACCAGAGACACAAGAAUCAAGGUGGCUGCUCUGAAGUCAUGUCCGCCCAGCUAUAUUAUUCCAUCUAUUCCAAAGAUGAUAACCCUCUUUCUGGACGAAAUGCGAGAAUUUGCGCGGUUGUGGCUGUGGGCGACUCGCCAGCUGAGCGAGAAAAUCCAUGUGGAACAGACAGAACUCGGUUGCAGGAUAUUUGGGGCUGCAACAAGUUUGUAGCGGAAGAGGGCCUGGAUGAUAUAGAUAAGACCAUUGAUGCGGAGUCCUAUGAUCUGAGUACACUGGCAGGCGGAAUUGAUACUAUAGAUCAAAUCCAAAUAUGUGAAGCCUCGGAAAGUGAGUCCGAAUCUGGGAAGCAGGACUCGAAGUCGUGA